UGGCGUAGGAAGCCCGCCGCAAUGUGUUUACGCUAGAUGUUACUGCAGUCAACCUGACAACGGUAGGGUACUGUUCUUCUCAUUAGCCAACCAGUUAUCCAUUCGUGAUUAGCGAAUGCUAUUCUCACAUUAAAUGGAAACUGAUGUGACGUGUAUGUCUUGCAGAAAGCAGUAAGAGGUUCUGAAGCCGACUAGAGACCAUGUCAAGGAGAGGAUAACUACUCUUCUACUCACGUUAUGGGCAUCCAGGGGAGGUCAAAUCGAUGGAUCGCUAGAUUAAACGCUGCGUCUUUUUGCAGCUCUGCUUUAUAACGUUGCGACCGGUAAACACAGAAGAAUCAUGCCAGGCAAACUCAAAGCCAAGAUUGUGGCGGGACGCCACCUGCCCGUCAUGGAUCGAGCUAGUGACCUCACUGAUGCUUUUGUGGAGGUCAAAUUUGGAAACACAACUUUUAAAACAGACGUCUACCCCAAGUCCCUUAACCCUCAGUGGAAUUCUGGGUGGUUUAAAUUUGAGGUGGAUGAUGAAGACUUGCAGGAUGAACCGUUGCAGAUCACGGUGUUGGAUCAUGACACAUACAGUGCCAACGAUGCCAUUGGCAAAGUCUACAUCGACAUCGACCCACUGCUCUGUAGCGAGGCGGCCACAGUCAUCUCUGGCUGGCUCCCUAUUUAUGACACUAUACACGGUAUCCGUGGUGAGAUUAACGUCCUUGUGAAGGUGGAUCUCUUUAAUGAUCUCAACCGCUUCAGACAGUCCUCAUGUGGCGUGAAGUUUUUCUGCACUACGUCUAUUCCGCGGUGUUACCGGGCUGUCAUGGUCCAUGGCUUUGUGGAGGAGCUGGUGGUGAAUGAAGAUCCAGAGUAUCAGUGGAUCGAUCGCAUCCGGACACCACGAGCAUCCAACGAAGCCCGCCAAAGACUCAUCUCCCUCAUGUCCGGGGAGCUCCAGCGUAAGAUUGGCCUGAAGGUGCUGGAGAUGGGGGGGAACGCGGUGGUGGGCUACCUGCAGUGCUUUGACCUGGAGGGGGAGAGUGGCAUCGUGGUGAGGGCCAUCGGCACCGCCUGCACCCUGGAGAAGCUCACCAACCCCCCCUCCAACGCCCAGCACACCGCCAACUCCUCGCCGUCCAAAGACAUCAGGGAGCCUGUGUUUGGGGAAGAGUGCCCCUGUAACCCUCUCUCCUCCGGACCCUCCACCCCCCUGAGGGCCCCGGCCUUCUCCUUCUCCCCCUCCAAGUCCUACAGCCGCCAGUCCUCCUCCUCCGACACCGACAUCAGCCUCACACCCAAGACUGACGUCCGUCCGUCUCGUGCCACUUUCUUCCUCUCUCCCAGCUCUCCCAUCCUCUCCUCAGACUCAUCCCUUCACAUUUCCCCACGCAAACUCCGCCACUCAGGAUCAGCGGGAACCCCCAGGAGCACGACUCCUCCCCCCAUUCAUGUGACCCAAUCAGAAGUAUCCAUGCUGAGAAAAAGUGUCUCUUUCAGUGAGGACUUGCUUCUGGCAGCCUCCGGAAUGGGCAGUGGGGGAAGUGCAGGGAAGGAGGCUGGGCCUCUGAAGACCCUGCUGAGGCAACAGACCCAAACAGCUCUGGAGCAGCGGGAGUUUCCCUUUUUCACCCUCUCGUCUUUCCCUCCGGGCUUCCUGUCACACGUCGGUGGUGUGGUCAGCGCCCGCUCCGUCAAGCUGCUUGACCGGAUUCACAACCCAGCGCUGGGUAGCAGCAGAUCUUACAAACUGCUUGACUGGAAUAGUGGCACCGCAGAUGAACCAGAGACACGGGAUGCGUGGUGGGAGGAACUUCGCCAGGAGAUCAAGUCUCACGCCAAAGCGCUCGGAUGCCACGCGGUGGUCGGGUACAGCGAGUCCACCAGCAUCUGCGAGGAGGUGUGUAUUCUGUCAGCGGCGGGUACGGCCGCAGUGCUGAACUGCCGGUUCCUGCAGGAAAGUUGCCAGGACACGCUCACCGAACACAGGUUGUCACGGCAACUGCCCCUCUUUCCCUCCGGGUCAGACAAGGUCGAGUUUGAUUUGGGUAGUUCUGCCUCACUAGGGUGUGAGGAUCUGGCGCCCCCUGGCUGUGGAUUCUGUCAUAUCCCCUACGAUGAGCUCAACAUGCCGUUUCCUGCGCAGCUGUCCUACUGCUGCUGCUGCCGCAGAGCCAAGGUCCCAGACGUGCUCUUCACCACCAUAGACCUGCCCACAGAGGCCACCAUCACAGGGAAGGGCUGUCUCAUACAGGCCAGGUUGUGUCGUCUGAAGAAGAAGGGUCAGGGCGAGGCCAACGCCACGUGCAUCAGCAGCCUGCUGCCCUUCAUGGAGUACGAGCUGCACACACAGCUGCUCAACAAGCUCAAGCUGCGGGGCAUGAACGCCCUCUUCGGCCUCCGCAUCCAGAUCAGCGUGGGGGAGAACAUGCUCGUCGGACUGGCGUCGGCGACAGGUGUGUAUUUGUCUGCGCUGCCAUCUCCUGGAGGGAUCCAGAUUGCAGGAAAGAAUCCAGGAGACCUGAGCUACGAGCAGCACGUGUCCAACAUGCAGCGCAAGAUCAACGACACCAUCACCAAGAACCGAGACAUCUACCAGAUCAACCCACCCGAGGUUGUUGAGGAGGUGAUUGGUUCCCCCAUCCCUGAGCCACGCCAGAGGUCCCGCCUCUUCCGGUCGCAAUCCGAGAGUUCAGAUGAGCUGUCAGAGCUUGACCUUUCCCACGGGAAGAAGGAUGCCUUCGUCCUCGAGAUUGAUGACACUGAUGCUGUGGAAGACAUUCACUGCCUCCUGACAGAUGCUCCUACUCCUCCAGGAUUCUUCAGUUGUAACACAGAGAUCAUGCCUGGGAUACACAACUGGACAUCAGGGCUCCAGAUGUUUACUUCUGUGAGGGUGUUCCGCCUGAGCAAUGCCAAUCUGACCAAUCAGGGACUCAAUAAGAUCUUCAAUGAAUUAUGUGAAAAUCUGCUCAAGAGUCUCUACUUCAAGCUGCGCUCCAUGGUCCCCUGCUGCCUGUGCCACCUGAACUUCGCCGUCGCCGUACCAGAGGAUGAACUCAUUCAGGUUGCUGUGACUGCUGUAGCCAUGAGCUUUCACAAAGAUCAGAUUCAGGACAGUAACAAGUCUGGGGAAGAUCGCACUGCAAUGAAGGUCAUUACUGAGGAUCAGCUUCAGUUUCCUAUGGAGCUCAGUGCAGAGACAACCCCCGCUCAGCUCCUCAGUGCAGCCAAGAACUCAGGGCCUUCAGACUGCUCCACCAGUGGUCUUGCCAGAGACAGAUGCAGCACCUGGAUAGAGCAGCUUAGACUGAGAGCUCACACCAUAAGACGAGGAUCAAUAAAGACAACCUCGUCGCUGGAGAGGGGGAGUCCGCUGCCCGACGGCCGCUCGCGCUCGCUGCGCUCCACGCGCUCUUUCCACGGGAGCUCCGUCGCCGUGGUGAAGAUGACUCCGCUGUCCUUCAUCCCCGGGGCCAAGAUCAUCAAGUACCUGGGCAUCAUCAACAUGUUCUUCAUCAGGGAGACCACCUCCCUCAGAGAGGAGGGUGGCGUGAGUGGGUUUCUGCACACGUUCAUAGCAGAGGUCUUUGCCAUGGUUCGUGCUCAUGUGGCCGCCCUCGGGGGCAACGCUGUGGUGUCCUACAGCAUGAAGGAGUGUGUGUUCAUGGAGAACCCAAACAAGAACCAGGCGCAGUGUCUGAUCAACGUUAGUGGAGAUGCGGUUAUCUUCACACGGGAAACAGACCUGGAGACGUCCUCCACACAGCUACAGGCGGCAAACCCGCAAUCCAACGAGGACACGCCCGCAUAAACUCUCUCACACACACACACACACACACACACACACACACACAACUCUCUGGAUUCCUCUAUUUGUGCAUGCUGAGGACCUGCUUGUGUUUAUCACUCAAAAUCUACAUUCCACAGGAAGAGGCAGCUAGGGUGUAGAAAGGAACUUGUGUGUAGGAACGUGUGUGAGUGAGUUUGUAAGUGUGUGUGAGGUGAGUGUGUGUGCGCGUGCGUGCACGUACAGAUGUGUGUGUUUGGGAUAGGAUGUCAAUUGGCCAAAGUAUGUUUGUCUUUUUAAUCCGAUAAUCUGUAAGCUUGUGUGUUGCUCUCAGACAAUCAAGAGGAAGUUGGCAUCUAAAUAUUUGUGUUGAGGUUCCUUCCACGGGCCAAAGUGUGUUUUGAAAGGAGUCUUGAGGUCGAUGUGUCCCUAUUGUGGUCGAAUCUCAGUGAGUCUGUCCCACGCAGACCAUGUCGCUCAAGCGCAGCCAUACUAACACCUGUGCAGUCCAUCCCUUUGUCUGGAGCAGCAGGGAAGACGCUCACACAUUUCACACACUUCACACACUUCACACGUCAACCAGGACCAGAAUUGGGCCAGGUUCUCUAUCGCAGAUUUGCUUUUAACCUUUCAGAAACUUCUCGUAGGGGGAGAGAACAGUUAAGAACCCUCUCGUCAGGGGAGAGAACCUUCUUUGAGCAGUUUAGAAUCCUCUCGUCAGGGGAGAGAACCUUCACUUCAGAGUGGAGGCCCCUCUCUUCAGGAUGGAGAACCAUUUUAGGAGAUCUUUUGAUGGUCGAGAACCCACCUUGAGGAAUGUUGCCUGUAGUUUCUCAACUAUAAGGGGCUUUUACUCUGAGUGUUUUUUUUAGAUUGAAGGUACUGGCUGGUAUUGUUGGACUUGAACUAGUCUGUCUCCGGAGGUGUGUGAGUCCACCUGAACUAAUCUGUCUCCAUAGGGAGGUGUGUGAGGCCACCUGAACUUGUGUGUGUGUGUGUGUGUGUGUGUGUGUGUGUGUGUGUGUGUGUGUGUGAGUGUGAGUGAGGCCACCUGAAAUGCUAGUCUGUCUCCGGAGGUGUGUGUGUGUGUGUGUGUCCACCUGAAACGCUAGUUUAGCACCGUGCCAAUAGUCCUGAUGGGGUUGACAUACCACGACCCGCUGACAAGUAGCAAACCUGGCCCAUUUUUUGUGUGUGUGUGUGUGUGUGUGUGUGUAUAAAGUAAAAUAUGGGAGCUAGAGCUGGCCAAUCAUCAGCCUGUCCUCUCAACCCAAAACACACACACACACACACACACACACACACACAUUUUGAAAUAAAAGCCAUACUCAAACAUCAUUGCCCAGACCGUCACCUUCAUCCACACACAAUUGCACCAGGCACACAAACCCCCCCAUCCUGUACUACUGACAUCCUUCAAAUCAUGUGUAAAUGCUGGAUUUGUUUUUUAUUAUUGUUUUUAUUUUAGUUUAGGUGCCACAGAAUCAGUUUGAAACUGUUUUUAUUUACAAGCGGGAAGAUAUGUUUUUUUUUUUUUUUUAAAGCUUCAGCUAGUGUCUUUUUUCUGUGCAUGAGCAUUGCUGUACAUAGAGUGUGUGUGUCAGUCUGUCUGUCUGUGUGUCUGUCUGUCUGUCUGGAAACGUCCUGUUGAUGACUUGAAUGCUUAGAGUGACUCUGGUCAGCUCUGUCUCUCUGUCGUCCAUUUUUCUGCCUGAAGACGAAUCUUGCACAAUAAAUAACAAUUAAUAAACUCGUAUAUACAUA